AUGUCUGCCGUCAAAUACCUUUUAAUUCUUAUAAACUUGUUAUUUUUGUCUGGAAUUCCUGUUGCUGUUCAGAAAACUGAAAAUGUCACUCUCAAAAAUUGCACCACUGAAGAAGUCUUAGCUGUACAACAAAAAUGUGAUCUUCUCGCAAAAGAAGUAGACGGAUAUUUGGAGGAUUACGACGGAGAGAUUUCAACAGACGAAGUGAUGAAGAAUAUGACAGAGUUGUAUGAGAAAGUAACAAACUGUUACAGAAAAUUCGGUUGUAAGGAAGCUGUAGAAUACAAUGCGAAAUUAGAACGGGAGGCAGCGGAUAUGAAGGUUUUUAACACUGGAAUCAAGGACUGUAUGCUAGAAUUUUACGGGGCAAUCUAUGAAGGAACUUAUAAUUGUACGGCAGGAUUUGACUGGUUUUCAAAAGAUACCGCCGUAAAACGUGACGGAUUUAUCAAAGGAAGAUCUUGUUUGAUGGAAAUUGCUACUAAUGAGUGUUCCAACAAAACUCUGAAUUAUUUAAAUUCCGAUUAUGAGUCCUUCGUGGACCUGAUGACAGUGAAACCGAGUGGACCCACAUGUGAAGGACUGCAUUACGAACUUAAUGACUUGCGAUGCAACCAACCGAUUGAAAGAGCAAUGAUGCAAGGAUUCAGAAUGAUUUCGAAACUUAUGCCCAUGGAAAAUGAUGAGAAGGAAGAAUACAAACCGAUCAUUGACUUUUUUCAGAAAGAUACAACGAAUCUUACUUUAAUAUGUGUCGUGUUGAAAGACUGUCUCGAUAACUCGUGUUCUCUUCCAAAGGGAUUUGGAGAUUUUGCUGGAAAUCUCUGCAACGAAGUGAAAAAAGCAGAAAAUUUGAACGAAGCAUUUUUCUCUUGCAUGGUACAUCUGGAUGACAGAAUCAAUGGAACCAAGUAUCCCUGUACUCAAAAAUACGAAUUUGUAUCAUUCUUCUCGAUUGAGGGGCAGAAAGAUUACUUCUGGAAAGAUAAGGAAUGUGCGAGAAGUGUGAUGAAAGGAGAGUGUCCUGAAGGAGCUUUGGUUGACUUUGAUGCACAAUGGCAAUGGGCGACAAACAUUGCUAUGAAGAAUGAAGAAUCGAAGAACAAUGUAUCAGUUUCAUUAUUCAAUUAA